AUGAGCAAUGUUGGAUACUUGCCCUGGCCCAUUUUAAUGUUAUUUCGGCCUAAUCAGCUACAUGAGUGGUCAAUCAGGGGCAGAUUUUGUGAUUUGGAUGAUAACAUUAAUUUGAUGCAGCUGUUUAAAUACAUGAAACUAAUGUUAAGGUACCUCACUUGUGGUGCUUGGGCAGGCAAGCUUUUUUGCUUGGUUAUGAUCAUCGAUUUUUUGUUGUGGCAUCUGUUGCGACUACUUCAGACACUUAGAGAAAAGCUGAAGUAUUUGGAGGUGUGA